CUCUCAACUAAAAAUAUUUGUUUUCAGUUAUAUUUAAGUUGAUUCACUAAAAUAUCUGACUUGGGGGCUUUUGUAUUACAAAGUUCACCAUGGAAUUUCUUGAAGCUAUGCCGGUCACGUUCAAGGAGAUUGCUCCAAAUCAUAAUAUUCCAGAAAAAUGGAAAGAAAUUGUACUUAACACAGGUGGUACUCACAGUACUUUACAAGACAUCAAAUUACCGCAAAAAGCCGGCGGUUACUGGUAUAAGGAUUCAACGAAGUUCUACACCAGGAAUCGCUUUAUUUACUGGCAAACUACAUCAGAUGCAAUUGAGAUAUCGGAAGCUUCACUAGAUUUAAAUCUCUCUUCUGCAAACUUGAGAUGUAAAGUAGCUCCAGGAACUCCUCCACUGAGUAAUAUUACUGUUUAUGAACGCAGUAGUACAAACAAUGUUGUUAUAUUAGCUGCUACUGUUUCGUCAGUACAUAGACUAGUUUUUCCACAUCCUUCAAUAUUAGAUAAAAAGUGUACAUACGGAUCAAUGAGCAGUACAUCGCCUUCUAUAUGUCAUGAUACAUCUUCUAUAAACAACCCUAAUAAUUAUUUUAUUUUAAAUCAGUAUUCUAAUGCCACUACUGGAGUAGCCCAUACAUGUUCUUCACUGCUUCGUGAAAAUGGUGAAGCUAUAUUUGCACUUGCAUUUGGACAUGAAGGUGAGGGCAGCUUGUUACUUAUAAAACUGCCAGUAACUGGAGCAGCAGUCACUACUGUAUUAAAGAGAGAAUCAACUGUACCCAGUUUCUUAUCAGGAAUUACAGGAGCUCUCAGAGGCAAGACUACUGAUGGAGUUGAAACUUAUGGUGUGGUAAUUACAAAAAAUGUAAUUGUGGCCGUGUGUGGCGAUGCGUGUCUUAGAGCAUGGCCCAUUGAUGAUGGAGGUGCACCAAUUUCUGUGUCUGCCCCACUUUCACAAACAAACGUGAGACCGAAGCCACCACCACACGGUCACAUGCUACAGAAAACAAUUGGAUUGGAUGGCAGUGUCAUUUUAGUUGCAUAUUUAUCUUUUCCAAAUGAAUGUGAAUUUGUUGUGAUGAAAAUGCAUGAUCCCGUAGGGGGAUUUAUAAAGUUUUCACAUAUCUGUCGAAUAUUUGGUCCUCAGUUGGAUCUUUUAGAUUAUAAAAUUGGUUAUGGAGACAGCAAUCAUGUCAUUUGGGCACUGUGGAGUCAACCCGAUGGCGAUACCAUGAUGACAUGUAGUUCCCUGGGCGCCGAAGUGUCCUGGCAGGCAGUAGCGGGCCGCGAGCCUCCCCCGCCCUUGCCGCAACUAUCAAAUCACAACCAGUACCGCGAUAGACUCCUUGCGCCGGGCCUAUUUCCACAUUCGGUCAUCAGAAAAGCUCUGGUGAUCUACACGCGCACGUGGUGCGGCGGGGGCGCGGGGGGCGCGGCGGAGGAGGAGCUGGGCGAGGCGGCGGUGUCCGCCGUGCUGGCCCGCCUCCGCCUGCACGCGGCGCGCACCGCCUCCACCGAUCAAACACAUCUUAUGCACAAAUGCUGGUCAGAUUUGUACAGCUGGUGCAUGCAGUAUAUGGAAGGGUUACAGAAACCUCUUGGAUUGAUGGUGUCAGAAAAUGGGACGGACAUAGAGAGCGGGGGGUGGUGUGCAGUUGUGCGCCGCGCGGGGGUGUCUCUAGUCUGUGAACUCGAACCGCUAGAACGUAUGAUGUUGUCACCUGAAGAUACACUGGAAUCUGGAACUGGCGUGUGGCUGGGCGCGCUGUCGGCGGCGGCGCGGCGCGUGGUGGCGGCGGGCGCGUGCUGGGAGCGGGCCGCCUCGCCGAGCCGCGCGCACCAGCUCGAGCGACAACUGUUCGCAGCCGCCGCGCCGCAACACCGCCUGCUUCCUAGACUGCUGCAUCUGCUGCACUCGCCGCCUAUCUUAACACCCCAGCAAAUCAAUGAACUUAGUGCAAUUUUGGAGCCGAUCAGAGAUCUCCAAAGUGCCGUACUGGAACUGAACGAUGCCCUCAGAUUGGAUGUUCCAGACAUCGAAAUGUCUAGAAGUGAAGAUGAUGAAGACGGUGAAUAUGAAAGUUUAUUUGCCAGCGAUCUCGGAGUGGCCGUGGUCACCGAGGCCAUUAGGCAAAUGGCUGAAAUGAGAUGUCGCGUGGUGCGAGGCGCGCUGGCGGCGCUGGGCGUGUGUCGCGGGGCGGGCGCGGUGCCGGGCGCCGGACACUGCGCCGUGCACUGGCAGGCCUACCGCGCGCUUCUAUGGCUGCACGGAGCGCCGCCACAUGCCGCCACCAAUUCGAAUUCGUCGGAAGCGUUCCGGUUGAAGCUGAGUGCGCUAGGCGGCGCGGCGGUGAGUGCGGGCGCGGGCGGCGCGGGCGUGGUGCGGGUGUACGCGCGGGGGCCGGGGGGCGCCCGGGCGCGCUCGCACCUGGCCGCCGCACGGACGCACACCGCCUGGCAACACGCGCUGCCGCACUUCCUCUACCAUCUCGCGCACCAACUUUGGGCAGUUAGCGGCGGCUUCGAUUUUGGUUGGUGGUUAGCAAGAAUCAACCAGCCACGACUCGUGCAGACCUACGUCAACAUGCUGGAGCCCUGGUGUGAAUGGAAUGCGUGCUCGCGUCAGUUUAUAUUGGGGUUGGCCCUGCUAGACCUGGAAGACACGGAGGCGGCGUACACGGCGUUCUGCAAGGCAGCCAAAGGUGUUAGCACGGAGCCUUUCCUGCGACACCUCGUGGCCGAGCCGGACGCGCACCUCACUCAGCACCGAGCCCUCGUGCUGUACUACAUGAAGGUUAUAAAAUUGUUCGAGAUUCACGACGAAGGCGCUUGCGUUGUGCGUCUCGCGGAAACCGCCAUUAGCAUCGCUGACAAAGAUGAUCCCAAUUUGUCGAUGUUCCAGUGGGUGGUGUUCAAAUGGCACCUGUCGGGCGGGCGCACGUCCCGCGCGCUGACCGCCGCCGCCGCCAACCCGGCGCCGCACGCCCGCGCCGCCGCCGCAGCCGCGCUGCUCACUACGCUCGGCAGUCGCGGCGAGCUGGGCGCACUGGUGCAGUGCGCGACGAUGGCCGAGGAGGCGGAGCGAGCCGCAGCCGCGCGCGCCGCACUGCACGACGCGCACACACACAACCCUUAUUACGACUUCCUCUACGCGCUGCAUCUCUCCAGACACCACUACAGAAAAGCGGCCGCAGUGAUGUACGAGCGCGCGGCUCGGUGCGCGGCGGAGGGCGGCGGCGCUGCGGUGCGGCGCCGGUACCUCGCCGCGGCGCUCACCGCGCUGCGCAUGGCGCGCCCCGACCACGCCUUCAUAGCGCGACCCGCCACGCAUCUAGACUCCAAACUACAGGUAAUCGGUCCCGAAGAAUUAGCAGCGGAAUUACGUGAAGAAGUCCCGGAUUCACAAGACCCAGUAAAACAAGCUCUGCUUAACAGUGAAAACAUAAACUUCGACCGUCUGUAUACAACCUUGAAAGAUGCAAACGCAGAUACCUUGCUCACAGUAACUAAAAGAGCAAUAAGUACAGGACAGUUUCUACCGCGGUGGUUUUUGCAUAGGUAUUUGGAGGUUGACGGAGCGGGCUGCGUGCGUGCGUUACUGAGCGGAGGGCGCGCGGGCGAAGCGGGGGCGGCGUGGUGCGCGCUGGCACGAGCCUCGCUGGCCACACUGCAGCCGCGCGGACCGCCUGCUAUGGCGCACCUCUCGCUAGCUGAUUUAUUACUGGCAGAGCUCGCCGACCAUCAACAACCAUACGCCAAACAGGUACACGACGAGAUAGAUUCGCUGGUAAAGGAAUAUACUCAAGUUAUUAUUCGCACAUCUGAAGAUAUGAAAUUAGUGUAAACCUAUUAAUGUAUAAAAUAAAUGGAUUUUGUAUUUGUUAAAAUAAAAUAAUUUUGCUGCAAAAAAUUAAUAAUAAUACUUGAUUUAA